GAAGAUGUAAAUCACCUUCAAGAAUGCUUUAAUAUCAGCGUUCUAGAUCUAUCCCAUAAUAAGUUAGAUGAUCCUGCUGUAAUUGAUGUCCUUGAGAAAAUGCCAAAACUGCAUGUCUUAAACCUGAUUGGAAACGAACUCAUUAAGAAGAUUCCCAAUUAUAGAAAAAUAGUGACUGUCCGCCUAAGAGGGCUAACUUACCUGGAUGAUAGGCCAGUGUUUCCUAAAGACAGAGCUUGUGCAGAGGCUUGGGCCAGAGGGGGAAGAGAGGCUGAGACAGAAGAAAGAGAAAAGUGGGAGACCAGAGAGAGAAAAAAGAUUCAAGACAGUAUUGAUGCUUUAUCUGAAAUCAGAAGGAAGGCUGAAGAAAAGAAAAGAAAAGAGACGGAAGAGGAAGGUGCCAUUCCACAAGAUAUCACUGUACCUUGUGAGGGACAGAUAAACCAUUGCAGAAAUGAAGAGUCUCGAGAGACGAUCCAGAAGUUUGUUGAAGAGACUAUGGAGGCUUGUGAUGAGUUAUAUCCUGAGACAGUUAACACGGAAACCUUUCUUCCCAAGAGUCCACUUGUACAGUUCAUGGAUGCAGACAAGAAGACACAGUAUGAGGUUCCAGGCCAGAGGAAACCAGAAUCCCCAUCUAUUUCUGCAUCUGACAUUCCUCACAAUGAAGACAAAUUGUUGUCUCAGGAGACACAUUUAACAAAGAACAAUGAAACCACAAAUCAGGCUUCAUACAAAGACAUGAACGUGGAAGGCUCCCUGACUACUAGUCUUGUUGAUGCUGAAGAUAUUGAAACUGUCCCUCUGAAAGUUACAGAAAAGCUUUACCUUGAUGAUUUGCCUGAUUUGGAAGAUGUGGAAGAUGAUGAACUCUCUGGAGAUCUACAAAAUAACACUGGACAUAACAAGAAGACAUAUCGACCAAAGAUCGAAGUGAUAUCUGGGGACAGUGAUGACAGUGAAGGUGACUGGGAGAGAAAUGAUGUGAAGCCAGAGGUUUAUGAAAAUGUCCAGCCAAUGCAUCCUGUGCUAAAUAUAUUCAGUAAGCCCAGUGAUGAGCUACCCCUGAGGGAAGUCCAUCAGCAAAAACACAGAGGGGUGGAUAUUGGGCAUUUGAAACCAAGAGACAGACCUCUUAUUCAGGAGCUGGACGACAGGCAUUCGAAAGAGGAUGAUAGAGCACAAGAUAAUAUUGUGGAUUGCAGCUCUUGCAUAGAAUCAUUGAGUGCACUAAUUUCAGGAGAUUUCAACAGACAGGCCAAGACAAAAGGUGGCUGCACUUCAAUGUUUACAUGCAAGGAAGAUGAAGACAUUGAUUAUGGAUUGGACUGA